ACGAUUGACACGAUUAUUCUCUCUCGCACGUUUUUUAAACAUGGCGGAUACAAGUGGAAAAAAGAAAGGCAAGAAAAAGGGAAAGGGCAAAACCAUGUUACUUACAACAUUUUUAUCUAAUGACACAUCAAAGGGUAAUGCGAACAGCGUGGUGUAUGCUGCCAAACCAAAUACUUCCACAAGUUGGGCAGAUGAAAGUGAAGAUCUUCCUGUUCAUGGAAAUGUUUCCUGGACUGAUCCUUAUGCUGAACCUAAAGAAUUACAGCGUUUUGUCUUACCUACUGCUCCACGAUCUGCAAGGGCUGGUAAUAUUGAUAUAUCUUCCAUACCUAAGGGUCCACCAUACACAGCUUUUCUUGGUAAUUUACCAUACGAUGUGGAUGAAGAUGAUAUUUUUCACUUUUUCCAAAGUGUGCAGGUGAAAGAUGUUCGUUUGCCUCGAGAAUCAGAAAAUGGAAGGUUGAAGGGUUUUGGUUAUGCAGAGUUUGAUGAAAUGCAUGUUUUUUUAAAAGCUUUGGAACUUGAUGAUCGGACUUUAAAGGGAAGGCGUAUUCGCGUUGAUGUGGCUGGACAAAGUCAGGGCACUGAUAAAGAAAAAGACAGCAGAGUUCGUGAUCAACCUGCUGAAUCUGAUGGGGAUUGGCGAGCUAAUCAAAGAAAUUAUGCUCCUGUUGAUCGCGAUUCCAGGAAUAUGGACUAUCGUGAUCAGAAACGAGGUUUUGGAAAUGGUUUUUCCAAUGAGGAACGCAAUGAUGAUAGACAAUGGCGUUCAUCUAAUGAGAGAAGGGAUGAUUAUGGUGAUAGAGAAAGCUAUGGUGGUCGACAGGGAUAUGAUAGUAAGGAUAGAGAUGGAUAUAGGAGUGGUGAUUUUAGAGAUAAAAGAGGAGGUCGUGAUGGCAAUGAUGUCAGGGGAUAUGGAGAAAGAGACAGACAGGGAUUUGAUGAGCGAAGGUCUUAUAACGACAGGGGCUAUGGUGAUCGAGAUCGACGAUAUGGUGAUCGAGAUCAAGGAUUUAGUGGUCGAGGAUUCGGAGAUCGAAAUAGAGGAUUUGGUGAUCGAGAUCGUGGAUUCGGUGAUCGAGAUAGGGGAUAUGGUGACAGAGAUCGGGGUUACGGCGACCGAGAUAGAGGAUAUGGUGACCGAGAUAGGGGGUAUGGUGACCGAGAUAGAGGGUGGUGAGAUAGGGGGUGACCGAGAUAGAGGUGGUGGAGAUAGAGAUAGGGAUAUGGUGACCGAAGUCGUGGAUAUAGUGAUCGAGAUCGGGGAUACAAUGACCGUGAUCGCGGUUAUUCUAACCGUGAUCGUGGUUAUGAUAAUCGAACAUCAGGAUAUGGUAAUGGCGAUCGCGAAUAUGAUGACCAAAGUCGAGGAUUUGGCGAACGGGAUGGAGUCUAUGGAGAUAGUGGUCGAGGAUUUUC